CUGUGUUGUGGCGGUGAGGAAGAGGAAGCCCUGAAGGGUCAAAAGGAAUACAAAAGCAAAGGCUGUUUUCUUUCUUUUCUUUUUUCCUUCUUUCUUUUUCUCUCCCCCCCCCCCAAAGAACGAGUGGCCUUAGCGGUGGCGGUUUGGGGUGGGCGCCGCCGAGGUGAGGGGGUCUCGCCUCCCGCACGCUGGUAGGUGUGAAGGUGGAGACCUACUAAGAGCAGUGGUUCUUAGCCUAGUAGAAAAUACGAUCUUCUGACGUCCAUUUAAAUACAGAUUCUCUGACCCUACCCCCAGAUAAUCUGACUGAGUAGGUCUGGAGUUGGGACCCAGGGAAGCCAGCGCGUUUGCGCCUGGUGGUCAGAAAUCCCGAUGACCUGUUGUGUAUCAGCUGUGAGGAAUUGAGCUGAGAUAAAGGCAGCUUUCGCAGUCUUUCAACUGGAGCAUGAGAGGAGCCGUUAGCAAUUUCUAGGAGUCUGAAAGCAGAGGCUGGCCACUUAUUUUUCUCAGCUGACGUGUUGGUGCGUUAAUUCCUUACAACCAGGAAGAACAACGUCAAGACCAUUUACGUGGCCGAUUGUUCCAUUAUGGAUGGAGGGGAUGAUGGUAAUCUUGUUAUCAAAAAGAGGUUUGUGUCCGAGGCAGAACUAGAUGAACGGCGUAAAAGGAGGCAAGAAGAAUGGGAGAAAGUUCGAAAGCCUGAAGAUCCAGAAGAAUGUCCAGAGGAGGUUUAUGACCCUCGGUCUCUAUAUGAAAGGCUACAGGAACAGAAAGACAGGAAGCAGCAGGAGUAUGAGGAGCAGUUCAAAUUCAAAAAUAUGGUAAGAGGCUUAGACGAAGAUGAGACGAACUUCCUUGAUGAGGUUUCUCGGCAGCAGGAACUCCUGGAAAAGCAACGAAGAGAAGAAGAACUGAAAGAAUUAAAGGAAUAUAGAAGUAAUCUCAACAAAGUUGGAAUUUCUCCGGAAAAUAAGAAGGAGGUGGAGAAGAAAGUGACUGUGAAACCCAUAGAAACCAAGAACAAGUUCUCCCAGGCAAAGCUGUUGGCAGGAGCCGUGAAACAUAAGAGUUCAGAGAGUGGCAACAGUGUGAAAAGACUGAAAUCGGACCCUGACCCAGAUGACAAGAGUCAAGAAGCCCCGUCCUGCGUGUCUCUUGGCAGCACAUCCCUGAGUGCCCCUUCCAUCCACUGCCCGUCCGCUGCAGUCUGCAUCGGCAUCCUCCCAGGCUUGGGCGCCUACUCCGGGAGCAGUGACUCUGAGUCGAGCUCAGACAGUGAAGGCACUAUCAACGCCACUGGCAAGAUUGUCUCCUCCAUCUUCCGAACCAACACCUUCCUCGAGGCCCCCUAGCUCCUGUGUCCUUCAGAGCUCCUGCCCAAGAGUAGACCGGAUGGUUCGUUCUGCCUCCGGGUAUUACCUCCCUCGGAACUCCUUUGCCCGCUUCCUGUGCACACCAUGACGUUUUUAACCUUAUCUAAAAGUGUGCCAGAAUCUACCUGUGGCCCAACUUGUGUUUGGUUUCUUUCUAGAUGUCCAAACCUGUCCUGCCGCCUCCUUCCUCACUGCUGCAGUGGGGGCCCGGGCUCAGGAGAAAUUCCACUGAAAAUGCCCUGGGAACACAGGCACCCCCUGGUGUGCCAAGUGUUUGGAUUGUGUUGCUUCUUGUUUUCUUAUUUUUUUUCUCUUGCCCGACAGCACAGAGAAGCAAGGGCAGUUAUUGGACAGGUAUCAUUUAAACUUUCUAUUCUAGCUGAACACACCAUGUGGUUGUACUGCAUUGUGGAGCAUGUCAGGGGGUGGGGGGAGGAGGGGCCCAGGUGAUGAACUGGUGCGCUCCCUUGGAACUAACCAAUUCUUGACGUUGUGUGAUUAAGUAAAGAUUAUAAACUACA